AUGGCAGCAGGCAUACCACUGUGCAGCGCCGAGGGGCAGAAGUCAUCAAGGCACAUGAGCGGCUCGCUUCCGGGGUACAGUCACCCACAAACCUUGGACGCACCACUGCCGCCGCCACCCUCGGUCUCUCUCCGUGCUGCGGUGGGCUUCCAAAUCUCGGCGGCCACCCUUGACCCGAUUGACCUGCCCUUUGCGGCAGACUACUGGCUGGUACCUGAAGAAUGGCAGGCUGGGCUGUACCGAGGUGGUGUCGAGAAGAGAAGUCGCUUAUCUGAGAGGCCGGAUUCUGUUGAGUCGGAUUGA